GUUGAUAAUCAGCUGACAGAAGAGGAUAAAGGUUACGGAGAGUAUUUUUUAUUGUCAAAUCAGUGUUUAAAAUACUACAACGCGUGAUUGUGAUACUUAUAGAUGGCGAGAUGGCAAGGACAAGUAGAGAUAAAGCAUUAUAAACAUACCCAUCUAUUCCUAUCACGUAACACAAGUUUAUUUUGCUGAUACGUCGAAAGGGCAAUCGAGUCGACAGGAAAUCGAAAGUAGUCAUUCUCGGAGAGAAAAAAAUAAAACAAGACAGAAACAGCAUAUUGUGUGAUGUAAUCGAACAACAUUUUUUUGAAUAAAAUGGCACCACCGAAAUACUCAAGGCUUGAAGAUGCAGAAAAAUGCCCCGAACCAGUAAUCAAAGACGAUGAUGAAAUUAUUUUCAAGAAUAAAGAAAAGUUGAAAAGAUCAAGAAAUGAUAAACGAAAACAACGUAGUUGUUGUGGGAUAUUGUGUGAAGUAUUAAUUUUAUUAACAGUACUCCUGCUUUGUAUUAUGCUAAUUGAUACCCUUUUGGCAAAGGGUAAAGGCUGUAUAUUUUCAAAGUUGUAUAAUUAUACGAGGCAUAGUGGAUUGUUUCGACCCUCAUCCAAAUUAUCACCCACACCAGAGUAUGACCAGCAGAUGUAUAUCGAGGUUAUUGAGAUUGAUAUAGUAGAAGAUGUUGUUUAUCAACAAAUACCAAUAAAUGAUAAUCAUCAAAAAACACUUCAAGAAAUACCAAUAGGUCAUCAGCAAACACGUCAAGAAAUGUCAAUAAAUCAUCAGCAAACACCUCAAGAAAUACCAAUAAAUCAGAAGAAAACACAUCAAGGUAUUUCAAAAGUAAAUAAUGAUAGACAAUGUAAUAUUAUGGACAAUGGCAGAAAAUUUGAUUGUUACCCAGAAUCUCCUGUUACUCAAGAGAAGUGUGAAGCAAGGGGAUGCUGUUAUCAUGCUGUUAAUGGUAUCAAAGAAAACCCUGUAGGAGUUCCCUACUGUUUUUACCCUUUAAAUUAUCCUGGCUAUGUUGUGACAAGAAAAGAAAAGAAAGCACAAGGUUUUGAUGUAUUUCUCUCACGACCAACUCAAUCCUACUAUCCUGAUGAUGUCAUGGAUUUAAAAAUGGAAGUUAAAAUGGAAAAGACAUCGAGACUUCAUGUAAAGAUAUUUGAUGCAAAUAAUAGUCGAUGGGAGGUGCCAUUAGGAGUACCAGUAUCACCUAGUCCAGUUGAAGAUGUUGGUGAUAAUUUAUAUGAUGUAACUGUAGCUGAUGUUGGACAACCAUUUAAUUUUAAUAUUACACGAACUGGUACUGCAAAUAAAAUAUUAUUGUUACAGACAACUGGAGCGUUUAUUUUUGCUGAUCAGUUUCUACAGUUGUCCUAUUUUCUAUCAUCAAAUUAUAUUUAUGGUUUAGGAGAACAUCGAGAUACAUUAGUUCAUAGUAUGGACUGGUCAAGAUUCACUAUGUGGAACAGAGAUCAACCCCCAACAGAAAAAGCCAAUCUGUAUGGUGAUCAUCCAUUUUAUUUAAAUAUUGAAGAUGGUGGAAGCAGUCAUGGUGUUUUUCUUUUAAACAGCAAUGCUAUGGAUGUUAUAUUACAACCAGCGCCUGCUAUAACAUGGAGAACUAUUGGUGGUGUCAUAGAUUUAUACAUGUUCCUGGGUCCAAGUCCUAAUGAUGUCAUACAGCAAUAUACAGAGGUCAUAGGUCAUUCAUUCAUGCCACCAUAUUGGAGUCUAGGAUUCCAUGUAUGUAGGUGGGGCUAUGCAACUGUAAAUGAAACCCUAGGUGUAGUUAAUAGAAUUGGAAAAUAUGGAAUUCCACAGGAUACCCAAUGGAAUGAUUUAGAUUAUAUGGAUAGUAGAAGAGAUUUUACCACUAACUUAACUGGUUUUGGUGAUCAAGGGGCAAUGGUUGAAGAUUUACAUAACAGAGGGAUGCAUUAUAUUAUGCUUGUUGAUCCUGGAAUAAGUAGUACAUCUAAAGCUGGUACAUAUGAACCUCUAGAUCUUGGUUUAAAGAUGGAUAUAUUUGUUAAAGAUCAUAAUGGAAAACCACUAGAAGGAAAGGUGUGGCCAGGUUUCACUUAUUUUCCUGAUUUUACUCACCCUAAUUCUCAGCAAUAUUGGACAACUAUCGUUAAAAACUUCCAUGAUAAAGUAGCUUUUGAUGGAAUGUGGAUUGAUAUGAAUGAAAUAUCUAAUUUUGUAAUUGGUUCAACUUCUGGUUGCCCAGAUAAUAAUCUAGAAAAUCCACCAUAUUUACCAGAUGUAAAUGGUGGAUCUUUGAGAGCCAAUACUAUCUGUACUAGUGCUCAGCAACAUUUAUCAACUCAAUAUAAUAUUCAUAAUAUGUAUGGAUAUACAGAAACAGUAGCCUCUUACCACGCUUUGCAAGAUAUUCGUGGAAAGAGACCAUUCGUAAUCUCACGAUCUACUUUCUCAGGUCAAGGUCACUAUGGAGGUCAUUGGACGGGAGAUAAUGCCGCAACAUAUCAUGAUAUGUAUAGAUCGAUAUCAGAAAUAAUUAAAAUGAAUAUGUUUGGUAUAACAAUGGUCGGAGCUGAUAUCUGUGGUUUCCGUGAAAAUACUUCAGAACAACUGUGUCAAAGAUGGCAUCAACUUGGUGCUUUUUAUACUUUUUCCAGAAAUCAUAACACACCUGGAACCAUUCCUCAAGAUCCAGCCUCAUUUGGUCCUGCCUUGGCAGAAUCCACUAGAAAAGUAUAUUUAAUACGAUACAAACUACUACCCUAUCUUUAUACUUUAAUACAUAAAAGUAAUAUGAUGGGUGAUACAGUUUUAAGACCUUUAUUCUUUGAAUAUCCCAAGGAUUCUGCUACAUACACCAAUGAUAGACAGUUUCUAUGGGGAUCAGCUUUAUUAAUAUCACCGGUUUUAGAACAGGAUGUAACAUCUCUAUCAGUUUAUUUUCCUGCUGAUAUGUGGUAUGAUUAUUAUACUGGUGAAUUAAUAACAAGUGAAGGUGGUGGUAAAAUAUUACAGACACCAUUAGAUAAAAUAAAUCUACAUGUUAGAGGUGGUUAUAUUCUUCCCUGGCAGUAUCCUAAUACAACCACGAUACAGAGCCGAAAGAAUAAAUUUGGUUUGCUCGUUGCUCUGAAUUCUACACGUCAAGCAGAAGGCGACUUAUUCUGGGAUGAUGGUGACACUAUUGAUACUGUAGGUGUAAAACUGUAUAAUACUAUACUCUUUAAUGCUGAUAAGAAUGGUGUAUACAGCAGUCCAUUAUUUAUUGGAUACAAGGAUGAACCCAUGUUAUUAGGAAAUGUGACAGUAUUUGGUUUACAGCAACAACCUUCUACAGUAACAGUCAAUGGACAAUCUGCAAAUUAUAAUUUUAAUUCACAAUAUAAGGUUUUGUAUGUUACCAAUUUCUCCAGUACCUUAUUACAACCAAUAAAAAUAUUGUGGACAUUUUGAAAUUUACAUGAAAAAAAUAUAUCAAAAUAAUAAUGAUACUAUAAUUAAUUGAGUUAAUUUGCACAUGGUUUGUAGUAAUAAUUGCUUGAAUUGAUUGAAAUAUGUAUGUUUUAGGAGUGACUGAUAUGUUUAUCUAAGAAUAAUUGUUUUAUUUUCUGUCUAUUAUGUUAUUUGUUUACUUUUAGCUUUGCUUGAAUUGAUCGAAAUUGUGUGUGUUCGAGUGACUGAUAUGUUUAUCUAAGAAUAAUUGUUUUAUUUUCUGUUUAUUAUAAAAGAUAUGCUAUUUUUUUUACUUUUAGCUUUGCUUGAAUUGAUUGAAAUUGUGUGUGUUUGAGGAGUGACUGAUAUCUUUAUCUACAAAUAAUUUGUUUUACUUUCCCUUUGUAUAUUAUACACCAAUUUGAUUUUCUUUUCUUCGGGGAAACAGACUAAUUUAAAAACUGAAAGUAGCCUACCAGGUUGCAUAGACUUACAGGAAUUUUUUCAGGCAUUUCAGGACUGACCCCCCCCCCCCCACAUUCAGCCUGUAUGGCAUGGCAUUUGAUGCAAUUUGAAAAAAAGAGCUCUCGAUUUAAUCUGUAGUAUUCAGUAUUAUAAAGCAGAAAUUGAAUACCAGGUACAUGUAUUUUAUGAAUUAUAUUUUAUAAGGAUAUAUAUAUAUAUAUAUAUGCAUUUAAUUUUUUAUGCCUGCAUGACUUUCAUUGUUUGUUAAUUUUUAAUUUUAUU